AUGGAGAGAGUUGCGGAGUUCAAGGCGGAGCUCCGCGCUACAAGUGGUCGGCUGGCGUGGGCGGCUAAGGACAAGAUCGUGGAAGCCCUCUACGAGGGGGCGCCGUUGAUCCGGAGAGCGCCCCGAUAUCCAGUGAUGGUCUUGGUGGUCUUCGAGAGGGUGGUCCUCGACGAUAGCGAGCCGACGGGCUUGCGGAUAUAUGCCUGGGCUAAGUUGGUCAAGGUCUGGGCCUCGCUAAUGAACCCAUCGUGGCUUCGGAUAGGCUUCGAGCUGCUACAGUGGCUGGUCACUUUCAGCCGAGACUACUUGCUGCCCAAGCUAAAGCCCGACCUCGCGGUCUUCGAGAAGAAGAUGGCCGAGUACGCCGAUGCUGUGGUGGUAUCGGCCGCUAUCCUGCAAAGGGCAGGGAUGCCUGCAAUAGUGCAGGGUUUCUGGACGGAGCACUCCGAGAGGUCGGUGCUACCCACGGGGCUCAGCGUCCUUGGAGUGAAUGGGCCCGAGAAAGAUCUCUUUCUUGGGCAGAUGGAAGCGUGA